UGGGACCACAGCCGGAGAGCUGUGAUGGAAGGAGCGACAGCACAGGUUACCAAUAGCGAACUGAAUGUAAAGCAAGACCAGAUGACGUGCAACUAAUCAGAAUCGUCUGGAUACGACUUCCUCUGCAGGAUUAGGAAGAUGUCUGAUACUGUGAAUAACACUGUCUAAAUACGUUUACUUUGUUUGCCGGGUAAAUAGCUGGAAUAUAAUUUAACCAGUUAGUUUAUGACAAGGCAUACAAGAGCCUGCCAUGCCUAGCUCCCUCCUAUGGGCAGUAGAUGUGUAUGGGAGAGUGUACACCCUGUCCACUGCCGGACAGUGCUGGGAGCUGUGUAAAGAUGCUCAUCUGGAGUUCAAGCGGCUCACUUCGGUCCAGCAGUGCUGCUGGGGAAUCGCAGGUGAUCAUCAGGUCUACCUCUACGUGCAUUCCAGCGACGUGCCCAUCAGGUAUCAAGAGGAAACCUAUGAAAACCAGCGCUGGAACCCUGUCGACAGAUUCUGUGAGAAGUUGUUGCCAAGCGACCGCUGGCAAUGGAGUGAUGUCACCGGCCUGAAGCACCAGCCCCUGGAUAGCUUCAGGCUGCCGUCUGAGCACUGGGAGUGGGAGGCAGACUGGUACGUGGAUGAGAACAUUGACGGGGAGCCCACAGAGAAGGGGGGCUGGACGUAUGCCAUCGAUUUCCCUGCCACCUACACGAAAGAUAAGAAAUGGAAUUCCUGUGUCCGUCGCAGGCGAUGGAUCCGAUACAGGAGAUACAAGUCACGGGAUACGUGGGCCAAGAUCCCCUCUCAGGAUGAUGGGCCUCUACCAGACCCCUUCAGUGACAUCAGCGCUGGGGGCUGGGAAAUCACAGAUGAGCCAAGGGGACGCCUGUCACUCUGGGCAGUCUCACUGCAAGGGAAGAUGUGGUACAGAGAAGGAAUUCACCAUCACAAUCCUGAGGGCUCCAUGUGGACAGAGGUCACGACCCCUGGAGAGGUGGUUCAGAUCAGCUGUGGGCCGAGUGACCUCGUCUGGGCUGUACUGUGGGAGGGACAGCUGCUGGUCAGAGAGGGGAUCAGCAGAGAGAACCCUAAAGGCUCCUCUUGGGUGGUGGUUGAUUCCCCAAGUACAGAAGUUGGUGCAAUUCAUGUAGCAGUGGGCAUUAAUGUUGUGUGGGCCGUCACGAAGGACAGAAAGGUGUGGUUUCGCCGGGGUAUAAACUCCCAUAACCCCUGUGGAACGGGCUGGAUUGGAAUGGUAGGAGAAAUGGUCAUGGUGAAUGUAGGACUGAACGACCAGGUGUGGGGAAUCAGCUGUGAAGACAGAGCUGUGUAUAUCCGUCAAGGAGUCACGUGCAGCGAACUCAGUGGAAAGACCUGGAGAGCCAUUACUGUAGCUAGAGAUGAUGACAGGUCUCGCUCUGGAAGCGCCAACAGCCUUGCCAGUGCUGGCUGCUUUUUCAGUGGGGAGGUGAGAGUCCAGUCACAGUCAUCUGUUAUGAAUGAUGCCGAGUCGUCUUCUGAAACCGAAAGGUCUCAGGCUGCACAGUCCACCUCACCCACGCAUGCUGAUGCCAUGAAGCGUAGAAUCCCUAAAGUGACCAGUGACAGCUUCAUCUCAGAGCUGGUCUCCGACAAAGAGCGUAAGCCAGGCAGGGAUGGGAGGGACGGCCCUACCCCUUCCAUCCAGGAGGAUGGGGCACCCCAAGAACAAGCCUCUGCCGACCAGGAGACAUCCGUCGAGCUGUUCCCACAGUCCUCCGGCCAGCAGGGGGCCCGAGACCCCAAGUGGAGUAACGUGGAUUUAGAAGAAGCUCAGCCUCCCCUGCCAGCUGCAGCUUCAGACACCACGGAAACCUCCAGCCUGUCCUCUGUAGCUACCUACAACUUGGGCAUAGAGGAGCAGUAUGGGGUGGACGAGCACCCUCUCUGGGCCUGGGUCAGUGGAGGGGGCUGUGCCGUGGAUUCACACACCCACUUAAACUGGUUCAGUGCCUCGACAGGUGUGUCCUCCUGUGUGCAGUCCAUGUCCCUGUCUAUCACCCCAGCACAGACAGCAGCAUGGCGGAAACAGAUCUUCGAGCAGCUGAGCGAGCGGUCCAAGAGAGAGAUGGAGAAUUUCAAACACUAUGAGCAAGCGAUUGAGCAGUCUGUGUGGGUGAAGAAGGGCAACAUGCAGUGGUGGAGAGACUGGAAACCAAACAAGUGGAUAGACAUCCGGUUUGCCCUGGAGCAAUUUUCAGGGACCGACGGCAAUCGAGAUGGCAUCCUCUUCAUUUACUACACAUUCAAUGAUGAAAAGAAGUACCUCCAUGCGUUUAUAAAUGAGAUUACUGUCCUGGUCCCUGUUCUCAAUGAUACAAAACACACGUUUGCUAUCUAUACACCGGAAAGGACCAAACAGAGAUGGCCAAUACGGCUGACUGCUGCUACCGAACAGGAGAUGCACGACUGGCUUGCCCUUCUGAACUUAUCCUGCUGUGAUUCAAGAGGGAUCCAUGGUGCGCCUUGUAAGCAGGCGAUUUGGUCCACUACAUGCAAGGGUGACAUCUAUGUUUGUGAGCCCGCUCCGAAUCUGGAGGCGGUUCCCUAUCCAUUGCCCUGUGAUCAAAUGUUUUGGAGACAGAUCGGAGGGCACCUGCGCCUGGUGGAAAGUAACAGUCUGGGAAUCGUAUGGGGUAUUGGAUAUGAUCACACAGCUUGGGUGUACACUGGAGGCUAUGGAGGUGGCUUCUCUCAGGGGCUGGGAAGCAGCACUGAUAAUAUCCACACACAGACAGACGUCAAGAGCAUUUACAUUUAUGAAAAUCAGCGCUGGAACCCAGUAACUGGCUACAGCAGCAGAGGUCUUCCCACAGACCGGUACAUGUGGAGCGAUGUGUCCGGUUUGCAGGAAUGCACCAAAGCAAGCACUAAGCCUCCAUCUCCACAGUGGACCUGGGUGUCCGACUGGUGCAUUGACUAUAAUACUUCAGGUGGGACUGACAGAGAGGGCUGGCAGUAUGCUGCUGAUUUUCCAGCGACCUAUCACGGGUACAAGACGAUGAAAGACUUUGUGAGGCGGAGGCGCUGGGCAAGGAAAUGUAAAAUCACCACGACUGGCCCAUGGCUGGAAGUUCCUCCCAUCGCACUCUGGGAUCUCACCAUCCUGCCCUGCUCCUCUCAGAGCUCCGUGGAGGAGGUCUCACUCUGGGGCAUCAGCAACAAGGGAGACGUCCUGUGUCGGAUCGGAGUGACACAGCAGAGCCCCGCAGGUACCUCCUGGCUUCACGUUGGGACAGAUCAGCCCUUCAAGUCUAUCUCCAUAGGUGGCGGCUACCAGGUGUGGGCGAUCGCCAGAGACGGAUCGACGUUCUACCGCGGAUCUGUCUCUGCUCAGAACCCUGCAGGAGACUGUUGGUACCACAUCCCCUCUCCACCCAGACAGAAGCUGAAACAGGUGUCAGUGGGGCGCACAUCCGUUUACGUUGUGGAUGAAAACAGUAACUUGUGGUACCGCCAGGGCCUGACCCCCAGCUACCCACAGGGGUCCAGCUGGGAGCACAUUUCAAACAACGUCCGCAGAGUGUCUGUGGGACCUCUCGACCAGGUUUGGAUAAUUGCUGACAAAGUUCAAGGCAGCCACAGUCUGAGUUGUGGCACUGUAUGCCAUCGGGUUGGGGUGCAGCCAAUGGAGCCUAAAGGACAAUCGUGGGACUAUGGAAUUGGAGGUGGAUGGGAACACAUUACGAUAAGAGGGAACUCCCAGGAAGCCCCCAGGAUUGUCAUGCCAGUGCCUGCUGAAAAUACUUUGGAAAAAAAGGGCCGUGUGGCAGAGGAGGGCGGUGAAGGUGGGGGCAGGACCGCUUCCAUCAGCUCAGUACUCUGUAUCAAAGAAGAGGAACUGAAUGGAAACGCUGUGAGUUGUUAGCCUGCUUUCUCUCUUGUCCAGUGUGUACCUCUUAACAUGAACAUUGCAAGGUUAUUCCUUCCUUCCGUUCUUCAUUACUUCACAACUAUGGAAGACCACCUGCCCAUGUUUUACACAGCUUCUUUGUGUAGCUUUGGUGUGUGUGUUGGUGGUUAUACUUUUGUUUUAGUGCAAUUUUUAUUCUUUCUAUGUCUCAAACAAGAUUAUUGAAAUGUAUUAAUCAACAUCUCAUGUGUGUUUUACGUUACAACAUGUGUGUUUUACGUUACAAGUUUCAGUUUGAAAAUAUUAUUACAGUACCUAAAAUAAAAUCCUAACACAGAAAUCAAUGCAGAUGAAUAAGGGUGAGAGGCUGUUAUGGUCACAGUCAAACGAGGCGUUGCGACCAAAAUGUAAAACUGCAACAAGCAAUUCCAAAAUGAGAUGGAGUAUAUUUCUGUGGUGUGAGAAGAAUAUUGAAUUAGAGUAAGGAAUCCUUUUUUCCCCUCAAGAGGCUGGCCAUGGAAUUGAAGUAAGUCGCACAAACUGUGAUGUUUAUCUUACUCUGGUGUGCAACUAAAUACUGUAAAAGAUUUCCUAACUUCAUCCUGUUUUGAUAAGAAAUAAGGCAUUUUAAAUCCAAGUCUAUAGGGACACACCCAAACUGGUAGUUUUGAGGCACACCUAGGCAGGUUUUUCAUUCUCAGCACUCACAAAUGAAAUAUUAAAACCAAUGCAUUGGUUAUUUUCUUCCUUUGUAAAGGCCCAUGUACUUUUUUUAAAAACAAAUAAGUUUGAAUGAAAGUAUAAUCACGGAUCUCCAAUCUUUAUUACAGCCUCCUUCUCUAAACACGUUAAUUUAAAAAGUGAUCUUACUGUAGAGAACUGAAAUGUAGCUGGGUUUUAUACAUUAUUUAAUGAUAAUGCAGUACCGAUGUUUAAUUUUAUUGUUUACCAAAAACAAACAGUCCUGGUGUUUUAAAUAGAACAAGUUCUUAAUGAACAUUAUAUAUUGGAAUACAGUUGUAUGCAAAUCAUGGGUGGCACAGUAAAAUAUGCAAACUUGGAAAUUAUUUUAAACAAAUAUAAUUAUUGAAAUACUUGUCACAAAAACGUUUUUAUAUUUUAAAAGUUAAAAUGUUUAAAUUUUAUUUACAGAUACUUUUUUUUUUUUUUCUAUGGUGCCUACAUUCCUUUAUAGAAUUAUAGAUGGGUCAGUCCUGUUUGUCUGUUCAGUAUAAAACUACUCAAAGAGCCAACCUCUUUGCCGAAGAUAAAACUGCAGUUUUCAAUUCCCACCCCAUGCAUCCAGAUGUUCAUAGGCAAUAUAAAGUGAAAAGGUUGUGCAUUUCAAUUCUCUUUAGAGUUAGAAAAACAUUAACUUCAGUAUAGACCAAGCUGUACAUUCCAAACAAACACGAAAUGUGAGUUCUAUAAGUGAAUUGGUUCCGAUGUUAGUUUGUUUUGAGUUUUUUUUGAAAGAUUAAGAUUUACAUAUAGAUUUUAACAGAUAGAAUGUCAACUAUAUUCUGUAAAAACAAAUAUUCAACUACUGUAUACACACUUCCCGUUUUGUGCUGUGUAAACUUUUCAAGGGAAAGAAAUGCAUGAAUGAUGUCUUCUCAAUAAACAUGGUUUAUGUUCAGAUUCUUA